AUGCUCAAGUCACUCGUCAUAGCCACGCCCCUGCUCCAGGUCUCCAUCCAGCCCGUGGUGCCCAGUGGCGGCAAUCUCGGAGACGGCAGCAGCCCUUCGGGGCCCAGUGUUUCCUUCGUGUCUGGGGACGGAGGUGAUGCCGAGGAAACCGACUCGCCAUCCAGCACCGUCGGCCCUGGCCCCGGUGCUGCGAACACUGAGUCAUCCGACAAUGACGAAGCGUCGGCCACCUCCGCCCCGUCUGGCAGCGGCGCCGCCCCCUCCGCCAGCAGCAGCAAGGAGUCGAGUGGCAAGCCCUCGCAUAGCGCGACCUCGGCUACGUCGAGCCCCGGUGGCCAGCCCAGCCCCACGUCGGCCUCAUCGAGCCCUGGCGGCGCGCCCACCUCAGCGACCAGCCACCAAGCGGGCGGCGUGCCCAGCGGCUCGGGCUCGGCCAAGCCGUCAACCUCUGGCAAGUCGUCCGCUGGCCAGAUCUCGGUUGCUCUCAGUGCACUCGUCGUUGGUAUUGCCGCUGCUCUUAUCUAUUAA